GGGCGUUAUAAAGUUUACGAUACAAACGCCUAAGAAAAAAUGGUGUUAGCCGAUUUAGGAAGAAAAAUCACCAAUGCACUUCGUUCGCUAGGGAAUGCAACGAUUAUCAAUGAAGAUGUUUUAAAUAGCCUAUUAAAAGAAAUCUGUACAGCUCUAAUUGAAGCCGAUGUCAAUAUUCGACUUGUUAAACAAUUACGUGAAAAUGUUCGUGCUGUCAUUGAUUUUGAUGAAAUGGCUGCUGGAUUGAAUAAACGAAAAAUUAUUCAAUCGGCUGUAUUCAAAGAACUAGUUCAUUUAGUUGAUCCUCAAGUGAAAGCUUGGCAACCUGCAAGAGGUUCAUCCAAUGUCAUUAUGUUAGUUGGUUUGCAAGGUUGUGGUAAAACAACCACUGCAACGAAAUUAGCUUAUUUUUAUCAAAGAAAAGGAUGGAAAACUUGUAUGAUUUGUGCGGAUACAUUUCGUGCUGGUGCUUUUGAUCAAUUGAAACAAAAUGCUACAAAAGCUCGAAUUCCAUUUUAUGGUUCUUAUACAGAAACUGAUCCUGUAGUGAUUGCUCGAGAUGGUGUACAGAAAUUUGCUGAAGAAAAAUUUGAGAUAAUCAUAGUAGAUACUAGUGGUCGACAUAGACAAGAAGAUUCAUUGUUUGAAGAAAUGCUUCAAGUUUCCAAUGCUAUUGAACCAGAUCAUGUGAUUUACGUGUUAGAUGCUUCAAUUGGUCAAGCUUGUGAAGCUCAAGCUAGUGCAUUCAAAGCAAAAGUUGAUGUAUCAUCAGUGAUUGUUACAAAAUUAGAUGGUCAUGCAAAAGGUGGUGGUGCUCUGAGCGCUGUUGCAGCUACACACAGUCCAAUUACAUUUAUUGGAACUGGUGAACAUGUUGAAGAUUUUGAACAAUUUCGAGUUCAACCAUUUGUACAAAAAUUACUAGGUUUAGGUGAUUUGGAAGGUUUAGUAGAACGUGUGACAGAGUUGAAAUUAGAUGAAAAUGAAGAAUUAGUGAAAAAGCUCAAACAAGGUGUAUUCACAUUGCGUAAUAUGUAUGAACAAUUUCAAAAUAUCUUAAAAAUUGGUUCAUUUUCACAAGUUCUCUCAGCUAUACCCGGUCUUGGACAAGAUUUACUUGCUAAUGAUCAAGAAAGUCAUCGACGUUUAAAACGUCUUAUGACCAUUAUGGAUAGUAUGAAUGAUUAUGAACUAGACUCUGAUGAAGGUGGACGUUUAUUUAAUCGACAACCUGGUCGAACAUUACGAGUUGCUCGUGGUGCAGGUGUUAGUCAAGCUGAAGUGAAACUUUUAUUAACACAACAUAAUAAAUUUUAUAUGGUUGUGAAAAAAAUGGGCGGUAUUAAAGGAUUAUUUCAAACUGGUUCUAAAGCUGGCGGUUUAGGUGCAUUGGGUGGUGGUCCCGGUGGAGUUGGAGGUGGUGGAGCAUCAGCGGCAGCAGCAGCAGGCAGUGGCAAUGCACCAAGUCUUGCUGAAAUGGCAGCAGCUUCACGAUCAGUUAGUGCCGGGCAAAUGGCUAAAUUAAAUCAAUCCAUGGCUAAAGUACUUGAUCCACGUAUCCUGCAACAAAUGGGCGGUAUGGCCGGUCUACAAAAUAUGAUGCGUCAAUUACAAGCCGGUGGUGGAUUUGGACCGUUUGGUGGAGGAGGUGGUCGUUUAGGUUGAAAUUCCUUUUCCCAUUAAACAAUUGCCAGAUAGAUAAUUUGUCUUUCUUUGUUUUUCUGUUCUUUGAAAAAUUGUCACUAGAACAGAACAAAGUUUAUUUAUAUAUACAUAUAUAUGUGUAUAUAUCUCCUAUACAUAAUAUAUAUACAAUAUGUUCGUUUGAAUAAUUUUUGCAAUUGAAAACAUGUUGAAAAGAUUUUCCAACCUUUUCUCAUUCCUUUAAUUUCGUUAUGUAAUUCUGUUUUGAUUGAUUGAUUGAUUCACGGACUGAUUCACUGAUUGGUUGGUUGGUUGAUUGGUUUUUCAUUUGACAACAACUACCUACCUCGAUAAUAAUGUAUGAUGAAUCAUGUUAAUUGUUUUGUAAUGAUCAUGUGUAGAUGAUCAUCAGGAGAAUUACAAAAUGAAAAUACAAUAUAAUACACACAUGUAUAACCUAAUAA